AUGGAAGCCUAUUAUACCUUCUUGACGUUGACGCGCAAACCUAUCAACUACACUAAAAAGAAUGAAGUUUUCAAGGGUGCCGUUCAGGAAGAGAUUCGGUUUGUCAUUUGUCCAGAGCUGGUCCUCUCGCGGCUGUUCAUACAUAAUCUGGAGGAUAAUGAAGCGGUCUUGAUUAAGGGAGCAGAGCGAUACUCAAACUACAAUGGAUAUGCCAGCGCGUUCACAUGGCACUCCGAUUUUGUUGACGACGCUUCCAGAGAUGGUUUAGGCCGUCGAAAAACGGAGAUAUGCGCCAUUGAUACCCUGCCAUUCGGCUCAAAGAACCAGCGUCUGCAUCAGUUCUCAGAACGCCAUGUCUUGCGGGAGCUGAACAAAGCCAUUGCUGGGUUCAGAUGGUCACCUAUCAUCGCCUCAGAAUGGGGUCUCUGUCGUGCAGAAGGCCUUCCAGACGGUGUUCCGCCAAUCACCACUGCGUUCGGUGGACAUGUGCAGCUCAAAUUCUUGAUCCAGCUGCUGGCUGCCUCGAUGUGCGGAGGGUACUCCAAGGACGACGAAGAUGAUAACGUGCCACUAGGGAGGGACAUUGUUUAG